GUUCAACACUUCCCAUGUGCACCUUCCUUCUAUUCUAAACAACCAUGCCUUCAACCGCAGCUUAUAAUUAAUACUAUGUAUUGCAUCUUAUUAUCAAUGUUUGUCUGUUACUAGGAAUUAAGAAUCCCGAAAGCAAGCGAUCCCCAUGCAGUACAUGCAUGUGGCUCUGCUCGUUGGUUUCAACUUUGAAGCAGCAAGCAAAUUAGGGAGUGGAGAAAGAGCAUGCUGGACACAAUAGGAAGAAAUCUGAACCAGUGCUUCUCCAAGCUUAUGCGGCCAUUAAUAUCACCUGAAGCUUCGUCUUCUUCUUCCGGCAGCACUCAUCAAGACGACCCUGCUGUUUCACCCGCUACGACAUCGUCUCCUGUGUUUGUUAAAAACUUCAACUCGCUGUAUGACUCGGCCUCGGAUUUUUCCAACGCCGGCAAUGAACCAGACCUGGCUACCGCCUUCGCCUCCCGACGCUUCUUCUUCUCUUCUCCCGGCCGCUCUAACUCCAUCGUGGAAUCCUCCGCCGCCGCCGGUCAGAACAGGAAAGUCUUCAAUAACAGUGUAGCCGUUCCCACCUUCUCGCCGGACCCUUAUGUGGACUUCCGACGGUCCAUGCAGGAGAUGGUGGAGGCGCGUCCGGAGCUGAUGGAUGUUAACUCCAACUGGGAAAUCUUGCACGAGCUUCUCCUCUGCUAUCUUGCUCUCAACCCCAAACACACCCACAAGUACAUCGUGGGUGCUUUCGCUGAUCUUCUCGUCAACCUCAUGCCGUCGCCGCCUCCUGACUCCACCGAUGGCAUCAUCACCGACGUCGUGGGUGCCACCUAAUUCAUACUUUUUACUCAGUUCGUGAUUAAGAUGGAUCUGUCCGAAGAAAUUAAAGGUGAUAACCUUUCAUUCGUUUGUUAUCUUCGCAUCUAUCACUGUCUGUUAUUGAAUCUCUCUCUCUCUCUCUCUCUCUCUCUCUGUGUCUUUCUAAUAUCCUUUUGGGUUUUUAAGUUUUCUUUGGGUGAGAGUGUGAGGGUAUUAUUUUGAUUUCAACUCUACCCUCUUCGGCUUCAGGCUUACUAACUUUAUAGCCAUGUUUAGCUCCUUUUCCUCAUA